AUGUCUUCCUCAUUCAGCGCGCCCAAGCUCCGUCGCAAGAAAAACGUCAAGAAGGGUAUCCAGUUCUGUCUGAUGGUCUGUGGUGCCAGCGGAACCGGACGCACUACCUUCGUCAACACUCUCUGCGGAAAGAAGGUCCUGGAAGGAAAGGACGCCGACGAUGCUGCCAACGCUCACAUUGAGGAGGGUGUCCGCAUCAAACCUGUCACAGUCGAACUCGAAUUGGACGAUGAGGGCACCCGCAUCUCCCUCACCGUUGUCGAUACCCCCGGUUUCGGUGAUCAGAUUGACAACGAAGCAAGGCAGCGCCAAUACGAUGAUAUUCUUGCCGAGGAGUCUCGGAUCAAGCGUAACCCCCGUUUCAGGGACAACCGUGUCCAUGUCCUCCUUUACUUCAUCACACCCACCGGUCACGGUCUGCGUGAGCUCGACAUCGAGCUGAUGAAGCGCCUGUCGCCCCGUGUCAACGUCAUCCCCGUCAUCGGCAAGGCCGACUCCCUCACCCCCGCCGAAUUGGCCGAAUCGAAGAAGCUGAUCAUGGAGGAUAUCGAGCACUACCGCAUCCCUGUUUACAACUUCCCUUACGACAUCGAGGAAGACGACGAAGAUACCGUGGAGGAGAAUGCCGAGCUGCGGGGUCUCAUGCCAUUCGCUAUUGUGGGCUCCGAUGAGUUGAUUGAGAUCGAUGGCAAGAAGGUGCGUGCCAGGCAAUAUCCGUGGGGUGUUGUAGAGGUCGAAAACCCUCGUCACUCCGACUUCCUGGCCAUUCGCAGCGCCCUUCUCCACAGCCACUUGGCCGAUCUGAAGGAGAUCACCCACGAUUUCCUUUACGAAAACUACCGUACCGAGAAGCUCAGCAAGAGCGUGGACGGUGCUACUCCUACACAAGACUCUUCCAUGAACCCCGAAGAUCUGGCCUCCCAGUCCGUUAGGUUGAAGGAGGAGCAGCUCCGCCGUGAGGAGGAGAAGCUCCGUGAGAUCGAGCUGAAGGUGCAGCGUGAGAUUGCUGAGAAGCGUCAGGAAUUGUUGGCUCGCGAAAGCCAGCUGAGGGAAAUCGAGGCCCGCAUGGCACGGGAGGCCAGCCAGAGUCAGGUCGAUGUCACCAAUGGAGAUGCCUAA